AUUUUCUUUCCUAUUUUAGUGAAAUACUUUAUUCUAAUUUGUAAAAUGAAAGAAAAGCCCCAUAGAAGUAGUUCUACGCUGUUUUAAAUGAGAGUUUUAGCUGUUUAGCUCCAUUCAGCGCGGUGAUGGGGUGUAAUGUGAUAUGGAGGGGGCGGAGCUCUACAUAACCCGAAUGAGGCUGAGCUUCGGGCUCUGCAGUUCUUUCGCAGCGCCUGAGGAGGAAGAGCAGGAUCAGCUGAACUACAGAAGAAUAAACAACCAGGAUAUUUAAUAAAGAACAGUGUUAAACUGCUGAAAGAGGUGAAGCACAAGCCAUCCAGAAGAAUCUCCAGAAAACGCAGAAAUUGUUUGCUACAUUUCACAGACAGAUGGAGCCAAGUCCCAACAUGGAGAAACAUCAGCACUCUGUCAAGAGUUUUACUAAACAGAGUGAUCUCAAAAAACACCAGCGCAUUCACACAGGAGAGAAACCGUAUCACUGCUCAGACUGUGGGAAGAGUUUUACUGAACAGAGUAUUCUCAAAAUACACCAGCGCAUUCACACCGGAGAGAAACCAUAUUACUGCUCAGACUGUGGGAAGAGUUUUACUAGACAGAGUGAUCUCAAACUGCACCAGCGCAUUCACACAGGAGAGAAACCGUAUUACUGUUUCGACUGUGGGAAGAGUUUUACUCAACAGGGUCAUCUCAAAAUACACCAGCGCAUUCACACAGGAGAGAAACCGUAUCACUGCUCAGACUGUGGGAAGAGUUUUACUAGACAGAGUGAUCUCAAAAAUCACCAGCGCAUUCACACAGGAGAGAAACCGUAUCACUGUUCAGACUGUGGAAAGAGUUUUACUGAACAGAGUACUCUCAAACUGCAUCAGCGCAUUCACACAGGAGAGAAACCGUAUUACUGUUUCGACUGUGGGAAGAGUUUUACUCAAAAGAGUCAUCUCAAAAUACACCAGCGCAUUCACACAGGAGAGAAACCGUAUCACUGCUCAGACUGUGGGAAGAGUUUUACUCAACAGAGUAGUCUCAAAAUACACCAGCGCAUUCACACAGGAGAGAAACCGUAUCACUGUUCAGACUGUGGGAAGAGUUUUACUUUACAGAGUGAACUUAUAUUACAUCAGUGCAUUCACAAAAGAUAGAAAAGUAUCCCAAAUCUGUUCCUCUGCCAUAAAAAAUGCAAACCUUAAAUCUUUCAGACAGCCAAAAACCCCUCAUCAUGCACAAAAUCUUCACUCUGUUACAAGAACUUCGUUUAAAAAUGGCUUUUUACAGGUUCAGAAAAAUGAAUCUUAUCCAGAGAUGAUGUUUACUGAAUUUCAUGCUGUGUUUUUAUGUAUGUUUGUAUACCUACAUUAGUUAAUGCAGAGCUCUUCAACACUUAGUGUUGUGUUUUAAGAAGUUUUUACACACAGAAUCAUAAAUGGUACCACUAACAGCAUAAACUAGGAACAUACAUUUUUACAAUUUUUUCAGUGAUAUGCUGAAUAAAUAGUAAAGCGAUGAUGCUAGCUCAGAGUAAAAUCGUAUAUUAAAUCUCAGCAUUAGCUUUAGAACUAAUAAUAAACAAAAGUGAGGAUUUUACCAUUCUGGGACAUUUUUAGGUUUAAAAAUUGAAUAUGCUUUGCCAUAAGUAGGAAAUGAUCAUUUGGUCAACUUAUGUCAUUUACAGCCUUAACACAUUCUCAAUUGUUUACAUAUAAAAACUUUCUUUAUUUUUUCCUCCACUCCACGUUUGUAGUUUGUAGUUGGAGCGAGGGCACUGCCAGUGUUUGCUCCAGAUGUUAGAUUAGCAUUACUUAGUCUUUUAAAAUUUAGAUGUCGUAGUUUAAAGGAGUAGAGUAUUCUUAGGAGUAGAGAAUAUUCUUAGCUUGCAACAAAAGGCCAACAAAAUCCUUUUCAGAGUUAAAAAGAAAAAAAAAAACGGUCUAGCUGUAGUUUCCAUACUGAAAGCAACACUCAGCAGGCUAUGCAGCAGUAAGACUGCAGGAUCCUUGAUUCCCUCUACUGCACAUGUGGCAAACACAAGGCCCGCGGGCCAAAUGUGGGCUCAUCCAAGCGAGAGCUUGUAAGAUCUUAGUGUCUAUAAUAAAUAGGUCAGAAGCGUUCUUUGACCAAAAACUACAUUUCCCACAAUGCUUGUCGAUUGUAUUACCCGUGAAGUUACGGCUUACUGCCACUACACGGCAGUGUAGUCAUUGAUGUGGAAACCCUGCCGGAGGGAAGGUGUAACUUCGCGGGUGGAAUUGAGACAUACAAACGUUUAUCCCAUAAUGUCCAGAAAAAGAGAAGCUGAUGCAGAUUUUAUAAAUAUAAUAAAUAUAAUUUUAUAUUUAUUAAGCCUUAUUUCAGUAUCAAACGUUUUGAUCAAAGUUAAUGUAACUUGUAUUUAAUGUCAUUUCUAUUCACUUGAAUAGUUUGGUUCUUGAUUGAUGGAGUUUUUGGAUUUCAUAACAUGACAAAUUAAAAGGAUUUAUGUUAAUAGAGCAACAAGCAAACAUUUUUUCCAUGCAACUGUAAUAUUUGAUUGAAUAAAUAGUAUAUUGAGAGUUAUUUAACAUUAAGGAGUAAUUACAUUCAUUUUAUAUUACACUUGGUUACAUUUUAUUACAUUUAUAAGUUACAUCUGGCCCUCAGAGGACAGCCAAUAUGCCAAUGUGGCCCUCGGCUAAAAUGAGUUUGACACCCCUGCUCUACUGGUUUUCUCAUUGGUCUAUGGUUCAGUCAGUCUGAUUAAAAAUCUGCAAGUUAAUCUACAGGGAUAUUUGGUUGUGUUGUGUUGCUAAAGUUAUAUACUCUGUUAUCUUUUCCUUAUUUGGUAUCGUUUUGCUAAAGGGUUUUUUUAUAUCUCUAAAGGUACUAAAAAUAUCUAAUCCAUUUACUUUAUUGAUUGUUUUAUCCAGUACCAGCUAUUAUCGUUGUUUUACAUCACCUUAUGUAUUUACUCAUAUUCAUAUCUAUGUGAUUCAAUAAAAGGCUUUUAUAUUGCAA